AUUUUGUUGCCGCCCAUAAAUAUUUCUGUGACAUCUGCAAAAUAACUGCUUUUACCUGUCCUUAGCUGCCCAAUAACCUAGCCAGAUAUUCUGUAAAGUUUGAAUACUUGAUAGAAGCUUGUACUUUGUCGGAGGCCGCCACCUGCCGCCCGUCAACUGCCAUUGAGCUUCCUCGGCAAUUUCCCAGAGCUAUAACUAAACACCGUUCGCAUAUCUCGCCGUGAAACUUCUACUUCAUUGAUAUACACCACACAGUUAAAAUGGCUAGCCAAUCGAUACCGAUCAUUGUAGGGGUUGGCGAUUUCAAGAACCCCUUCACAACACCAGAGAAAUCGCUGGAGCCGUACCAGCUCAUGAUCCAAGCCAUCCAGCGAGCUCUCCAAGAUACAUAUCUGCCAGAGGAAACUGCCCAGAAGCUCCAAAUAUCAAUCGACAGCAUUGACGUUGUUGCAACCUGGUCCUGGCCUUACCAAGACCUUCCCGGCCUCCUCUCUACCAAGCUCGGCGUCGAUGCCGCCCACAAGUUCAUCAGCGACCAUGGCGGCAACCAGCCGGCGAAACUGGUCGAUGAAGCCGCGCGAAGGAUCGCACAAAACAAGACAAAAGUCGCCGUAGUGACCGGCGGCGAGGCACUCGCAUCAUUGGGAGGCUUCGCGGCAGCCAAAAAGAUGCCCAAGUGGUCAGCACGUAAGAAGGACCAAAAAUCAGGCACGAUCACCGAAAUCGCAACCCUGGGAGACAACACCGGCGCCACGCACGGCAUUGGUUUGCCCAUUCAAGUGUAUCCGCUCUAUGAGAACGCCACGCGCGCAUCACGCGGGCAGACACUGGCGGAGAAUAAUGAGGAGUCGGCGAGCUUGUAUGCUGAUUUUGCGAAGGUGGCACAGGGGAAUACGGCUGCGUGGAAUUUUGGGAAGAAGGCCGCAACGAAAGAGGAGAUUGGGACGGUGACGAAGAAGAAUCGCAUGAUUUGCUAUCCUUACCCUCUGCUGAUGAAUGCCUUCAAUAAUGUCAACUUGGCUGGGGCUGUUAUACUGACAUCUACGGACUACGCGACUGAGCUUGGAAUCCCCAAGAGCCAAUGGGUCUACCCAUUAGGCGGCGCCGGCACCAAAGACAGCGACAAAUUCUGGGAGCGCCCCAACUUCUACACCAGCCCCUCCAUCACACGCUCUCUCGACGCCGGCCUCGAAGUCUGCGGCCUGACAAAAGAGCAAAUUGGUCUCUAUGACUUCUACUCCUGCUUCCCCAUCGUCCCCAAGAUCGCCUGCCAGCACCUCGGCCUCGCAAUUGAAUCGCACACCCGCCCCCUCACCCUCCUCGGAGGUCUGACCUCCUUCGGCGGCGCAGGAAACAACUACUCUAUGCACGCCAUCACAGAAAUGACCCGCAACCUCCGCGAGCGCACCCCAACCUACGGCCUCGUCCUCGCCAACGGCGGCACAAUGACAUACCAACACGUGCUCCUCCUCUCGGCCGUUGCCCCCUCGCAGCCCUACCCAUCUAAGAACCCCCUUCCUCCUAUCAUCACUGAUAUUCCCGUCCCUGUUACUGUUGAGGUAGCGAACGGCGAGGCUACUAUCGAGACGUAUACCGUGGAUUUCAACCGUGAUGGCACGCCCGGCACGGGUCAUGUAGUUGGUAGACUACCGAGCGGAGAGCGUUUCCUGGCGAACCAUGCGGAUGAGGAGACACUCUCGCAGCUUGUUGGGAACGAGGAACCCGUUGGACGACGUGGGUGGGUGAGGAAUGAAGACGGGGUAAAUCUGUUUAGUUUCGAGAAGAAGGCGAAGUUGUAGAUUAGCCGUACACCUGCUACUGGGAGG